AUGCAGCUGGUUCCAAUCAUUUUUAAUUCUAAGAAUAUAAGCGGAAUUGCAGGGUCCAUAUCGAUAUCCUGCUGGAUUGUUGUAUUUGUACCACAAAUCUAUGAAAACUUUCGAAGGAAAUCUGCAGAAGGAUUAUCACUUCUUUUCAUCGUGUUAUGGCUAUUAGGUGAUAUAUUUAACGUCAUCGGGGCUAUGAUGCAGAACUUGCUGCCAACCAUGAUAGUUUUGGCCGCUUAUUAUACAUUAGCAGACUUGGUUUUACUGAUACAGUGCAUGUGGUAUGAUAAGGACAAGAAGGGCCUUUUAGAGCAAGUUAAAAAAAAUGUCGAUCCUGUACAUCUAUCUCCAGCAAACCCGAUAGACGAGUCUGUUUUACAAGACGUUUUUAACGAGUAUGAGCCACUUCUUCCAAGAAUAGAGGAAGAGGAUAAUCAAUCAUACAACUCGCUCGAGCUUGGGGCAGAUAUAGUUGCAAAAAAAAAAGAAAAUAUUUUUAAUGACCUUCUGAUUGUAUCAGGUGUAAUAUUUGCCGGGUUUUUUUCGUGGUACAUAUCCUACUGUUCUGGGCUGACUAAAGGCCCUUCCGAAAAGGAUCCUAACUUAGCAAAAAUUAAUCUCCCUGCACAAAUUUUGGGAUAUUUGAGUGCGGUACUAUACUUGGGCUCUAGGGUUCCUCAAAUUAUUCUCAACUUCAAAAGAAAAUCCUGCGACGGCGUGUCGUUUCUAUUCUUUUUAUUUGCAUGUUUGGGGAAUACUGCAUUCAUAAUAUCUGUUAUUUCGAUGUCAGUAGACCCUAAAUACCUUAUUUUAAACGCAUCUUGGCUUAUCGGUAGCGCAGGUACGUUGUUGAUGGACUUUACGGUUUUCAUCCAGUUCUUCCUUUAUGCAAGACCUAAAUACGAGAAACUAACUAUAGAUGAUUAA